AUGGCUGAGCAUCCGGCAUUCACGUUGGCAGGCCUGUUGGCUGGCGGCGGCACCUUCGGCUUCUACCGCACGCGUUCCAAGCCUUCGCUCAUUGCUGGACUGACUCUCGGCGCCAGCUUUGCGUGCGCAGGAUACCUUCUGAAGAAGAACAAGGACUAUGGUGCCGAGCUGGCGUUGGGUAGCAGCGUCCUCCUGCUGGGAGCCGGCGCCCAGAGGAUGAUUGCAACGCAGGCCAAGUCACGCCCGGCCAUCGGUCUUAGUGUCGCCGGCGCGCUGUCGACGUUUUACUACCAGAAGAAGUUCAGGGAGUUUCGCUUUGGUGUCUAA